UGAUGGCCACCAUGAUAUGCAUUGACUCCUUCGCUAUGAUCAUUCUGAUUAUGUACAAGUAUAAAUUUAUCACAUUGAGAUAUUAUUUCGAAGGCUUAAAGGAACGGUUUGAUAGAAAUAACUAUACAGGAAAUGAGGAAUAUGCUACAGAACUACUACACGCUGGAUUUAUUGAAGGAAUCGUGAUGCAUAGUAAUCUUACAAGGUUAUCAAAAGACAUCGACCGGUCCGUGGGCACGGUGCUGGCGCUCCAAGUGUGCCUUAGCUCGGGUUCCGCCGUGUCGUUGCUGCUACAGUUGGCUCUUUCAAAGGAUUUGACUGUAGCCGCCCAGUUAAAAAUAAUUAUGUUUGUGAUAGCAGUAUUCUUUCUACUCGCUCUUUUCCUUUGCAAUGCUGGUGAAAUAACGUAUCAGGCAUCUCUACUGUCCGACUCUAUGUUCUACUGCGGCUGGGACGCUAGCUCCAUGCGACGCGACCUACGCCGACUCGUGUUGUUUUCCUGCGCGGCGGCACAGCGACCAAUCGUCAUGAAGGCAUUUAAUAUGCUGGAGCUCACUUAUGGAACUUUUAUACAGGUUGUAAGAGGCACAUAUUCGGUGUUCGCCCUAAUUUCCGCUCAAAACGAGUCAUUGGGCCAAUAAAUAGGACCUUUAACACCACAGCAGCUUGACUCGCACUUAGAGUGUGUAGGUAUUUUUAGUAAAUAAAAUUGAAAAACUUGCUCUCCCCACAAAGCAUAACAGUGGUAAGAGUUAUACAAACGCAUUUUUUUUUUUUAAUAAAUAUUAUAGGACAUUAUUACACAAAUUGACUAAGUCCCACAGUAAGCUCAAUAAGGCUUGUGUUGAGGGUACUUAGACAACGAUAUAUAUAAUAUAUAAAUAUUUAUAAAUACUUAAAUACAUAGAAAACACCCAUGACUCAGGAACAAAUAUCCAUGCUCAUCACACAAAUACAUGCCCUUACCAGGAUUUGAACCCGGGA